AUGUCAAUUCCUGGCCUUGGUCAAAUAGCCCCACAGGCUCCCACAUCUACUCAGCGAACCAUCAACCUCCGACCGUUUGGCGAAUGGCGCUUCUCCAUCCCCCACCAACACAGCACCUUCUCCUCGAACUCCUCCGCCGCCGGCGUCACAGUCCGCCUAGUAGCCGGCACCGCUGAACGCGACGGCACCGAACUCACGCCUCACAAGGACUACACGUUCCUCCCGGGUACCAAAUCGAAGCUCUUCACAGACCAAGGAUGCACCCUCGAGAUCAACAACACGGGCGGCUACCCCCUCGAAGACCGCGUGGUCGAAUACCCGCACCCGGAACAAUCGCCCAUGGUUAGCUAUAUCAACCUUCAUUUCGGCUUAGAAGACUACGAGCGCGCCGCGGCCGCCCAUCACGCACAACACCCACUACCACACCAACAACAAGGGAGGCAAGGAGGAGGAGGACCAAGGCCGAAACCUGGACCAAGAGUGCUAGUCUGCGGUCCCCACUGCGUCGGCAAGACCUCCCUAGUCAAAUAUCUCGGCGCCCUCGCUACGCGCAUGGGCUCCCAGCCGCUGGUGGCCAAUCUGAACCCCACCGACGGCCUGCUGUCUCUGCCGGGGACGUUGAGCGCGGCCGUGUUCGGCACGCUGAUGGACGUGGAGGAGCCGGCGGGCGGGUUUGGCGUGUCGAGCACGCCGAUUAGCGGGCCCAGUCAGACUGUUAAGAACCCACUUGCCUUUUAUUUUGGGCGUGAGAAGGCCGGGGAGGACGUGGAGACGUGGAAGCAGAUGACGGAGCGGCUGGCGGUGUUGUGUAAGCGCAAGCUUGAGAGGAAUCGGGAUGUCAGGGUGGCCGGAUUCUUGGUUGAUACGGCCCCCGUUGAUGCGGGAGAUAAGGAGGGACAGGAGUUGUUGGCGUGGGGGGUUAGGCAGUUUGAUGUCAACUACGUCGUUGUGAUCGGCUCUGAAAAGCUAAAGACAGAACUCGGGCAACGGUUUGCCAGCGAAAAGACGAGCUUUGGAGAGCCGGUCACUGUUCUCGGUUUCGACAAGUCGGACGGCGCUGUGCAAAUUGACAAGGGAUGGAGGCAAAAAUCGACAGAGACGGCGAUCAAAGAGUACUUCUUUGGUGGCAUCAAGGCGCGACUGAGCCCUUUUACACAAUCGGCCAGCUUCGACGAACUGGUCGUUUUCAAGGCGCCCGAUGACCCCUACGAAGGCGCCCCAGUUCUCGAGCGUGUUGAAAUCACCCCCGAAAUGGCCCACUGGACACUAGCAGUCAUGAUCGCCUCUGUGACCGACUCGCCGCAGGCCAUCCGCUUUUCUUCCGUGUUGGGCUUCAUCGUCAUCGCUGACGUGGACGUGGAGCGCCGGCGUGUCAAGUUCCUGUCGCCCGUCAGCGGUCGUCUGGGUAACCACCCGCUCAUCUGGGGACGCUGGCCGGAACCGUAUCUCAACUUGCUGGCGUAG